AUGGAAAAGCCCAUUCGCAUCAAAAGUAAAAAUAAAGCGGCUGCAUCAAAGCAAAAAUCAGCAAAGAAAAGAAAGAGUGAUGGUCCUACAUGCUCAAUGUUCUUAGCUGAAUUGACAAAAAAGCUCAUGUUGAAAAAGAAACAAGAAGCCGAAGCACCUAUUAAUAUAGUCCAAACAAUAAUUGAAAGUCUCACUAACGCACUACCGGUGAGAUUAUCAAAGAGGUCUCCUCCAAGAAAAGAUUCUCCAUUAAAAAUUGAAACGUUACAAUCUUAUGCACCCGAAUUAUUACCGAAUGAUACUUUAAAUGUACCGAGACCAGUUAUCAUAGCAGCAGAUGAGCCUCCAGAAAUUGAAAACCCAAUAUUAAAAGGCGGUUUCAAAAUGCCUAAAAUGCCAGUUGCCAGUAGUGAUGUUUUUAAGCCAUCAGAGAGGCGGAUAAAAAUGCCAACUGAAGAUGUUGCAGUGAAUACAGGGGGUGAUCAUGAUGUUGCUGGUGAAAUAGCGAAGUACGUGGGCACAUUGCGAAAAAUUUCACUUAUAGCUGAAGAGUUUAAUCAGAAAACAGCUAAGAACUUAAAGGAGAUAGUGGACAGCGUGCAGGAAGAUCUUAUUAAAAAGCUAGAAGAAAUCAAAGCAGAACAAGGAACCAAAUCAAAUAAUCAAUUGAAUGUUAUAAUCGAAUCUGAAUGUUCAUCAUCUAAGAAAUAA